GAUUAGAUAAAAUGCUCUGGCUUAGGUUGUAUUGUGUUUUAAGUUCACAAAAUUGGAAUUAUCCAUUAAAAGUCUCUGGGUGCUCUGAGAGCUACUCCCCAGGCUUGUUUACUUAGGGAACUCUCCAUGAGAAUACUGCCCCAAGUCAUUAUUAGGCAGGUACUUAGAACAACCUCGCUCACUGAGACACACCCUUUCAGAACUGAUACGUGAAGGCACUCUCUCCCAAAUACAUCCAGCACUUGCGAGGAGUCAAACAAGGUGAAGUGAUCCAGCUUGGAGACAGAAAAAAAACGAAAAACCCUACACACAGCGCAUCCUCACCUGAGGGCAAAGCAGUCACAGCCUCCAGAGGAGCUGGACAUUAGUCCACACUUACACUGAGAAAAAGGACCAGUGCAGGAGAAGAGCCAAGUGUGAGCUGAGAAGACACCUCAGUACUGGAGAGACUACUAAAUCCACUUUUUUCAAACAUUGACAAGCGCUGAGCAUGGGGAGUCCAGGUUGUGAACACAUGGGCUGCACCGCACACUCGCCUCUCUACAUCAGUCACCCCCACGCUGAACCCCAGUUGGCCUGGCUGGACGAGGGGGAGGACGUCAAACCGCCUCGCAGUUUGCUGGGGCUCCCCGAGCCAAGUUGGUCGGGGGUCUACCUCCCCUACUAUGACCGAUUGGUCAUGGAGGAGAAACCCUGGGUGCUGAGGAUGACAGAGACACCAGCUCCCACCGCUCCUCCUCCCUCCAGGAGUCCAGAGCUGAGCCCACCUGCACCAAGUCAAGCCCAGGAUUCCCCCCCUGAGGUGGAGGGUCAGGUGGAGGAGCGCUGCCUGGAGCAAGUCCAGACCAUGGUGGUGGGAGAGGUGCUGAAAGAUGUCGACACAGCCUGCAAGCUGCUCAACAUUGCACCGGACCCUUUAGACUGGAACUGGGUGCACGUUCAGAAGUGGCUGCUCUGGACUGAGCACCUGUACAGGCUGCCACAGAUCAGCACCUUUUUUCAGGAGCUGAACGGGAGGGAUCUGUGCUCCAUGACAGAAGCAGACUUCAGGCAACGCUCCUUGCAGUUUGGAGAUGUGCUGUACGCUCAUCUGGACAUCUGGAGAUCUGCUGCAGCAAUGAAAGAGCGCUGCCCACCAGAGGACAGCAAAUCUACAACUGAUGAUGAUUCCUGGUCAGAUGUGAUAGGGGACUACCCCAGCCAGCCCAUUCACCUGUGGCAGUUUCUUCGAGAGCUGCUCCUCAAGCCGCAUAACUACAGCCGCUGCAUCCGCUGGCUCAACAAAGAGAAAGGAAUUUUCAAAAUAGAAGACUCAGCUCAUGUGGCCAGGCUAUGGGGCAUCAGGAAGAACCGCCCAGCUAUGAACUAUGACAAACUGAGUCGCUCCAUACGCCAGUACUACAAGAAGGGAAUCAUUCGAAAGCCUGAUGUAUCGCGCAGAUUGGUCUACCAGUUUGUCAACCCUGUAUGAUGAAGAGGAUCAGCCAAUCAGAUGAGAAUGAGCUCAGGGUCAAAGAUAUGCUGGACAUACAGUAGAGGUAACUGAUGCUUAUUUGUAUAUUGUAUUGAUGUUUCGUGUCAAUUGUAUAGACUGCCUACUGAGACAUGCACUCCUGCCUAUCAUAAUUUCACUCUAUUUUAUAAUUCUUAAAAAGUGCAUUUAUUUUAUUCGUCUUUGUUGUCUUUAGCACUCAUGUAUAAAAUUACUCUUUGGUGUGAUGUUUCUCAAAGGACAUAUUUUUUCUUCUGACUAUAGAAACAUUAAAGAAAUAGGAAAAAUGCCUUUUCGCUUUCUUGCAGAGAUAAAAAGAUCCAUACUACUAUCAUGCCUACACAAUACUGGAGGCAGCAGCCAGUUAGCUUAGCAUAGAAUAACGACUGGAAACGGGGAACCAGCUAGCGUGGCUCUAUCGAAAAGUUUAAAAAAAACUGACUGAGCACCUUUAAAGCUCACUAUUGAACAUUUGUCUGUGUAAUCCAUGAUAAACAAGAUGUGUGGCUUUAUGUACUAGUAGGCAAAUAUUAUUUUUAGACAGAGUCAGGGUAGGGUUUCUCCUUUUACAGUCAAUGUGCUUAGCUAAGCUAACUAGCUGGCUAACUCUUUGCAAGAAAGAGAAUAAGUGUAGUUUCCAAAAAUGUUGAACUAUUCCUUUAAAUUAUAUUUCACUCUCUCUUUUUUUUUUCAACAAAAUGUGACACUUCCUAUUAUUCCCAUGUGUCAAAAAUAUUUAGAAGUUGCAGAGCAAUGCUGAAGUAAGUGAAUAUUUUUAUUGUACCUGCCUGAUAAAUAGUCCUUAUAUUUUUUCCUUUGGGUUUAUGUUCAACGUCUACAAUAAAGAAAUUAAUUAUUACCAUGUCUUGUCCCUUUAAAAGCAAUAACAAGACACACUACAAUAAAACACACACAUCACACGUGCAGUCCAUACAAAAAACCCAACCAAAAAAAAAAAAACACACAGACACUAACUUUUUUUUUCAACAAACUUGUUUCCCUUUCAUACCAAUAUCGCAAUAUUGACACCAUCACAACAAAUUUGAUUUGGGUUUUUCAUCACUAUCGUCAUUAUUAUCUGUGAUCAUAAUCAUCUUUAUGCAUAUUUAAAUGAACUUCUUGUUACAUCAAGAUGAACAGGCACUACACCAGUUAGGAGAUAAAAGUACAUCACUAACUAUGAACAUACAUCUUCUAGACCGCUAAUAUAGGGUUUCCACAACAUGAGCUGCUGUCCCCUGUGUGCAUAAGGAAGAGAUCAUCAACAUAAAAAAGCAUUUACAUGUACACCUUUUACUGCCUCAACAUGGUUAGGUCUCAUUUUCAACUCAACACAGUUGUACAGUUACAAUAGAAUAUAAUCUUUAAAUUACAUCAUCAUAUACAAAUCUGACAGCGUGGGAUAACGUCACGCUUUUAUGAUACACUGACAAUUCCAUUGCAAUGAAAUUCAUACGAUAUGGUACCUAUUACUUUAUAUGUUUUCCAUUGCUGUUAUUUUAAUGAAACACAUUUACAUGUAUAACACUACAUUUUGUCUUAAUAGUCAAUCACUUGCAUUUUUUUUUUUACAUUUUUUUUCUGUUACAUUUACACAACUCAUACACACUGGAUGAUGAAGAUGUUUUCCCCCAAAAUAUUAACCUGGUAAGGUGGAUUAUGUGUUUGAACUUGCAUGUAUUGUGUGUUCUGUGUAUUUAAUGCUUGUGUAAAUCUGUGUGUGUGUGUGUGUGUGUGUGUGUGUGUGUGUGUGUGUGUGUGUAUGUGUGUGCAUACGUGCAUCGAGGAUGUGGGACAGUUAUUAUGAUAGGAGUCCUUUUUGCUAUGCUGGACAGCUUUACUCUAAGACACAACUUGUGAGCUGGUGAUGUGUUUCUCCUCAUGUGUGAGACCCAAACCUGUCAAAUCCUGUUCCAGACACAGAGCUAAACACAUCUGACUGCUGUUGGUCCGGUGAAAUUUUAAAACUUCAGGACAACUAAGUUAUAAAAAGCCUCUCUCUCGUCUAAUCUACGAUUUAGGUGCAACUCGUAGCAAGACAAUUCACUAAUCAACAUCUGAUAAAUGCCAAUUCCUGCAAUAGAUUGAAUUUCUAUGGAGCGAGUUAAAGAUUUAAAAACAAUGUAAUGCACCGUGUAAGCGUCGUCUUACAUGCAGUGCAAUACUGGUGACAAAUGUUUUCCCUGUGUCAUUGCGCAGUGUUUUGCAGACAAAUGAAGUUUGGGUGGACUGGGAGGCAGCUACAAGUUGAUCUUCACUGAAGCUGUUUCAUGUGUGAUAUGUGAAGUUAUUGCAUGGAGAGAAAACAGAUAGUUGAUGGUACUGGGUCAUUCUUUGGCUCAGCAGGGAAACGGGCCACAUAACUAGUGCUUUUUGCUAGGUAGGGCUUUAACUGACAGCGGAGAACCAUGUUUAGACAACAUGCCCUCUUUCAAGCCCAAACACUAGUACAUUCAUGUCCUGUUAGAGAGGUUUCAAUCUUCAGACAAGUAGCCUGUAGCACGGUUACGUAUCAACAUGCCUCCAU